AUGACAUUGGAUUUGAUUGCAGCAAUGAAGGGAUUCAAUCGACCUCUCACAUGUUGGUUAGAGGCGGCCUGCGCUCCGAAGUCUGGGACAACUGGAACUGGAGGAACAACCGGCACUGGUGGAACAACCGGUACCACUGGAACUGGAGGGGCAACUGGUACUGGUGGAGCAACCGGUACCACUGGAACUGGAGGGGCAACUGGUACUGGUGGAGCAACCGGUACCACUGCAACUGGAGGGGCAACUGGUACUGCCACUGGGCGAAAACGUGAAGUUGAAGGAAAUCGCUUCAACAGCUAA